UCAGUGAAACUUCGUUCGUCGUCGUAAGCGCCUCGGUUUGGCACGGUGGCGUGCGGAGCGAAGCUUCGGCAAAGUGUCCGUAGGAACGUUAACGAUUGCCGAACGCAGUCGCGUUCGCGCGUACCGUAUACGCGUUGGGAUUACGUUCUGUUGUCAAAGAAGAAGAAAGGAAGGAGAAGAAAGACGAGAGAUAUGUAUUCUCCCGUGGUUCAUCGUCGUAGGAAGUUCGACAGCGGGAAGAUGUCGUCGAGUAGAUAAUCGUCGUUCGAGAGCAGCCUACGGGCGAGUCUCUUGAAGGCUUCGAAGGAAACGAAAUAAAGAAAGAGAGAGAGAGAGAGAGAGAGAGAGAAACUUGGCACUGCGUUCGAAAAUACAUAUACAUACACACACAUAUAUAUAUAUAUGAUAGACAGAAAGAGAGAGAGAGAGAGAGAGAGAGAGAGAGAGUAUAGUCGUAUACAUGAGCAUAUAUAUUAUAUCGUAUUUUGCAUCCUUCUCUUUCUCUCUCUUGCGGGAUUUGUCCCUCUACCGCCAACGUCGACACACCGCCAGGACGUUUAUCACCGUUCGUCGUUGCAAUCGUCAACGUUCUAACCGUAAUCACGGAAACGGUAGUAAUAGUUAAAAAGAAGAAGAAGAAAAAGAGUAAAAGGGAGGAAGAGAAAAAGAGAGGAAGGAAAAGGUGACAGUGCCAACGUCGUUGGAAUUUAUGGUGCGCCUGCGAGAGACUGUGAAGUGAAAGAAAGAUAGAAAGAUAGAAAAAGAGAAAGAAAGAGAGAGAGAGAGAGAGAGGUAACGCGACUACGAGAGAUUAUUGAAGAUAGAGAAAGAUAGAUAGAGAGAUAGAGAGAGAGAGAGAGAGAGAGAGAGAGAGAGAGGGAUAUAUCGGUGACGGGUGUGUGUGCGCGAGAAACGAGACAUACGGUGCUAGAGAAGGCACGAAGAAGAAAUCUAUCGGUGCUUGUGCUUUAGUAAACGUCGUUUCGAUCGUAGUUGGUUGUGACAGUUCUCGCGUUGUCCCGUUCAAAAAGUGUUCUCAUGUGUAUAUCUCCCUUAAAGCUUAAGAAAGAUAGAAGAUAAGAGAAGGAACGACAACAUAAUAACAACAAUAACAACAACAAGAAAAAAUAGAAAAAAUGCCGGGCCUAAUCGCGGUGAGCGAGUUCGUCGAGGAAACGAGGGAGGACUAUAACUCGCCCACUACGUCGACCUUCGUUUCUCGAAUGCCACAAUGCAGGCAGACCAUCACAUCCCUCGAAGAGACUCUGGACUUCGACAGAGAUGGUCUCACCAAACUAAAGAAGGCCAUCAAGGCAAUUCAUAAUUCUGGAAACGCCCACGUCGAUAACGAAGUUUAUCUCGGAAGAGCCCUUGAAAGACUCGGCGAUGCUGCCCUUAAGGAACAAGAGCCGGACAUAGGAGCAGCAUUCCUUAAAUUCGCAGUGGUCACCAAGGAAUUGAGCGCGCUUAUGAAAACUCUGAUGCAAAACAUCAAUAACAUCGUGAUGUUUCCGUUGGAUUCGGUACUAAAAGGAGAUUUGAGAGGCGUAAAGGGCGAUCUCAAGAGACCGUUCGAAAAGGCGUGGAAGGACUACGAGGCAAAGUAUGCGAAAAUCGAGAAGGAGAAAAAGCAACAUGCCAAGGAGGCCGGCCUUAUUCGUACGGAGGUUACACCAGCCGAGAUUGCCGAUGAAAUGGAGAAGGAGAGGCGAUUAUUUCAAUUGCAAAUGUGCGAGUAUCUUAUAAAGGUGAAUGAAAUCAAGACAAAGAAAGGUAUCGAACUGUUGCAGCAUCUAGUCGAAUAUUAUCAUGCUCAGACCAACUAUUUUCAAGAUGGCCUAAAGACCAUAGAACAUUUUGGUUCUUACGUGGCCGAUCUGAGUGUUAAGCUGCAAAAGAUUCGACAAACUCAGGAUGAAGAACGAAGACGUUUGACGGAGUUAAGGAGUUUACUUAGGAGUUCAGGUUGUGAUAAAGAGCUAAAUGUAAAUGCAAGCGCAGGGUAUUCCUUGCACCAACUUCAAGGUGAUAAGCAGCAUGGUGUAACACGUUCUGGACAUUUGUUGAAAAAAAGUGAAGGAAAGAUGAGGAGGGUUUGGCAGAAAAGAAGAUGUGCUGUACAAGCAGAGGGUUAUUUGGAUAUCUGUCAUGCCGAUGAGAAUAAACCACCUACGAGAGUUAAUCUACUUACGUGCCAAAUAAAGCUGGUACCGGAUGAUAAAAGAGGCUUUGAUCUUAUAAGCUAUAAUCGUACGUACCACUUUCAAGCGGAAGACGAAGCAGAUCAACGUGCUUGGAUGUCAGUAUUGGUAAAUUGUAAAGAAAGAGCUUUGCUACGAGCAUUCGAUGCUAGUGGGAAAGCUGAAGCUGGCCAAGGAAAUCCUAGUUUAGUCGAAUUACAACAAGCAGUGAUUCGGUGUGUUAUGCGAUUACCUGGAAACGAACAAUGUUGUGACUGUUCCUCUCAAAACGAUGCUACCUGGUUAUCUACAAAUUUUGGUAUAAUCGUAUGUAUAGAAUGUAGUGGCAUUCAUCGAGAUUUAGGAGUACAUAUAUCAAGGAUACAGUCUUUAACUUUAGACAAUGUAGGAACUGCCCAAUUAUUAUUAGCACGGCAUAUGACUAAUCAAGCAUUUAAUGAAGUGAUGGAAGCUACAUUACAUCAUAAUCUUAAACCAACACCUACGUCAACGAUGGAAGAACGGUACGAAUUUAUAAGAGCCAAGUACGUUGAUAAAAGAUACGUGAUGAAUACUUGUGCGGACGAACGAGAUCUCUUAUCAGAUUUAGAACAUGCGGUUAAUAAUCGUGACCUACAACAACUUUUACAAGUUUAUGCAGAGAACGUUGACUUGGCAGCACCUUUGCCCACCUCUGAUAUAGGUGAGACGGCUCUACAUUUAGCAAUCUUACGUGAGAUGGGUAAUAGUCUACAAAUCGUGGAUUUUCUGAUACAAAAUAUGCCAACCGGUGGUAUCGAUAGGACAACAGUCGAUGGUGAGACAGCGUUACAUCUUUCAGCAAGACACGAUAGAUCGGAAGCUAUGAAGUUACUUCUACGGGCUGGCGCUGAUCCGAGUUACAGAAAUAAACAGGAUAAAACUCCGUUGGACAUUGCGCAGGAGAUGGGACAUCAUACCUGUAAAGAAUUACUUAGUCAUGCUUUACAAAGGCAGAAGACAUUAUUCGAUAACGUAAACAUCGAUUGGAACCUUUCUCACGACGAAGGUUCAACGGACUUCUCUGAUGACGAAACGAUCAUCGAAGACAGGAACGGUUGUCUAACGCCUGAGAAAAAGUCACGUAGCAGACCACCUUCGUAUGCUGGUGGUGGAGGCACAGGUUCUGGUGAUUCACCGGUGACAUUACGUAGUCGUAGCAGCACUUGUGAUAGUCUACAAAGUGGUUCCUCGCCAAGUUCCUCUACCAACAGACAACAAAUGCCACCGCCUCCUCCACCACAAACGAGAAAACCUGUUGCUGUACCCACACCGAUGACGCCAGAUAUUUCAAUAAAUAUCCAUGGAUCGUUGAAGAAACGUGUUGCACCGCCUCCCCCACCAUCAGGAAGCUCAAGUGGCAUUCCAUCUUCUCAUUAUGGUACACUACCUUCGUCAGCGUCAUUAGCAACAUCCACACAUAGCCGGACGACGAGUGAGCCAAUCUUAGCUGGACACACCUUACACACACUAUCGCAUACUUUAAACACACUUAACAAUCAACACCAUAAAAGAUCACCCAGUGGAGACUCUUCUACAGGGCAUGGAAUGGACAAGACCAAUAGUUCUACGCUUCAGAGACCACGUAAUCCACCACCACCUGCACCGUCCAGUGUUAGCACUUCCAGAUUGAGUAAUGGUCGUAGUAGCGAGUCUCUAAGUUCCAUGUGUUCGGAUCAUGGCCUUGGCAAUCCUGUUCCUCCUCCACGAAAGCGAAGGGACCGAUCCAGGCUAGAGAGCUACGCCGAGGAGCCUUCAUCUUUGCUCUCAAAUCUAAAUCUGCCAACGUCAUCGACCUUGAACGGUUUUCGACGAUGUCGAGCGCUAUACGAUUGCGAGGCUGAUAACGAGGACGAGUUAUCAUUCCGUGAGGGUGAGGUUAUAAUCGUAACGAACGAACAAACCGACGACGACAAUUGGAUGGAAGGUGCAUUGGAAAGAGCACCUGAAAGGAGAGGGAUGUUCCCGAUAAGCUUCGUUCACAUGCUGCAAGAUUAACAUUCGGUAAGCCUGAACUCGUUGGCAAGUGUCUCGAGUACGGCAAGUUCGGUAAGCAUCGCCAGCCUUGGAAGAAGAAAUUGGCUGAGAAAACAGAAGGAUUGAAGGAGACGAAGAAAAAGGAAUCGACGUAGAGAACGUGAAUCCUUAAUUUAUUAAAAAUAUUUUGUUUUAUUUUAUUUUAUUUUAUCUUUUUUUUUUGGAGGUUAACGUGCAAAGAAAAAAAAGUUAUAAGUAAUCUUAGGUUGGCUCUUCGGGAGACCGUAUUAUUUUCUUUUCUUUUUUUUUUAAUUUUUGUUAAUUCCUUCGGAGUCGAACGGGAAUUGUUCCUUAUUUUUUUUGUUUUGUUUUUAUUUCUUUUUCUUUUCUUUUUCUUCAUUUUAUUUUCGUUCCGUUCCGUUCCGUUCCGUUCCGUUUCGUAUCGUAUCGUAUCGUGCAGAAUUAUGGGUGUUAACGUUCAACGUUUCGAACGACAAUCACGAAUCAACUUUUUUUAUUAAAAACAAGAAAAGAAAAAAAAGCAAAAAAAGAUAAAAGAAAAUGAAAAAAGAAGAAAUGAAAGUGAUUUGGAAAAUUGGCAGGGAAAAUGUCGAAUCGUUUUUUCUUUUAAAUGUCAAAGAUGUUUGAUAAAGAGAUAUAUGGAUGGAUCGUGAUUACUCGAAACAAUUUUAAUGAAGUGAAUAUUGAUUGAGUAUUCGAACAAUAAGGAUAUUCCAUAAAAAAAAUGAAAAGAAAGAAAAAUGAAAAAGAGAAAGAGAGAGAGAGACAGAGAGAGAGAGAGAGAGAGAGAGAGAGAGAGAGAGAGAGAGAAAAGAAAGAAAGUAAAAGAAGAAAAGAAAAGAAAUCAAAAAUCGAAGUAACCUAUCGGGGUAUGAAAUACACGAAAAGGAUAUUUCGAUGUGCUUAAUAAACGAAUCCGCUGAAAACGGAUAGUUGCUUGGUUCUAAGCCGUUACCAAAAUGUGAUAUCGUAUAUUUCAUUGUAAAUCGUUAGAGUACACACACAUACACGCGCGCACAUACACAUACAAACAAACACACACACACAGCGUACGCACAUACACAUACAAUAUAAAAGCGAACAUAUGUUCAUUAAUCAUCACCAAAAGAGACGGGGAGAUUACGAUAAUUGAGUCAAACGUAAAUGAUCGUGACACAAGAAAAAAUGAAAUGGCGAACAAAACAAUGCAAAGAGAAAAAAAAUUGCCAACUAUUUCGAUCUUUUUCGUAUGAAUAAAAACCAUAUUCACGACGUAUGUACCGUUGUCAUCGUGACGUCACGAAGAAGCCGAAGAAAAUCAAAUCUACACGAAUGAUAUGCGUAAAUAAGAAAAUGAGAUUAUCGUUGCUUCGUGACGUCACGAAGAAAAUCGAAUUUACACGAACGACGUGUAUAAAGAGAAAAAUAAAAAGUGAGGUUACCGUUAUUUUCGUGACGCCACGAAGAAAACCGCAUCUGCAUAGACGAUGUAUGUAAAAAAUGAGGUUAUAUUUCUCGAUGUUACGUAUAUAUAUCAACAAUAACAUUAACAACAAUAACACAAUGUUGUAUGUACUCCUAAUCUGGCAUACACACACAUAUACACAUACGUACAGGUAUGCAUAUAUAGAAAGAUAUUUGUUCCAUACUGCCAAUGAAAAAAAAAAAAGGAAGAAAA